AUGAGCCCUGUUGCAGAAGUCCCAGCAUUGGAUUUACUGUGCUUUAAGAUGAAUGGUUCCUGCUACAGAACCCUACAUCCCUUUGGAGUCCAGUUAGCCAUCUACUUCGUCUGCACUCUUGGUAUGCUUCUGAUGGUCCUGGGAAACCUGCUGGUGGUAAUUUCUAUCUUCCACUUCAAAGUACUUCACACUCCAACCAAUUUCUUGCUGCUCUCCCUAGCCUUGGCAGAUCUCCUCCUGGGCUUAACAGUCCUUCCUUUUAGCGCAAUCCGCUCUGUGGAAAGCUGCUGGUACUUCGGUGAUGACUUUUGCCGGCUCCAUACUUUUCUGGACACUUUGUUUUGCUUGAUUUCCAUAUUCCAUCUCUGUUUUAUAUCUAUUGACCGUCACUAUGCCAUCUGUGACCCAUUGCUCUAUCCCACCAAGUUCACCAUAAGGGUUGCCUGCACUUACAUUGCAGUGGGGUGGGGGGUACCUGUGGUUUAUACCUCCAUCUUCCUUUAUAGCAAAAUGGUUGAGGAGGGUUUAGGUCAUUUCUUGCAGGACAUGCCUUGCAUUGGGAGCUGUCAGCUGCUCUUCAACAAACUCUGGGGUUGGAUAAACUUCCCAGUUUUCUUCCUCCCCUGUCUCAUAAUGAUAGGCUUGUAUGUGAAAAUAUUCAUUGUGGCAACCAAACAAGCCAAACAGAUAACCAGCAUGACUAGGAACAACGGUAAUCCACAGCAUGAGAUGGGAGCCAUGAAAAGAGAAAAGAAGGCAGCGAAGACUCUGGGGAUUGCUGUAGGAAUCUACCUCCUGUGCUGGUUGCCCUUUACCAUAGACACCAUAGUAGACAGCUUGUUGGAUUUCAUUACCCCACCUGUAGUGUUUGAUGUUCUUAUUUGGUUUGCUUACUUUAAUUCUGCAUGCAACCCCUUGAUUUAUGUGUUUUCAUAUCAUUGGUUCAGGAAAGCUAUAAAGCUUGUCCUAACUCGUCAGAUCUUCAGCACACGAACAUGUACAAUAGACCUUUAUCAAGAGGAAUAA